UUGUUUUUAUAAUCUGCGGGUGAUCAGCAACUCCUCAAUCGUCGACUAUCUGGCAAGAAUAAACCGGGCUUAAGUCGACGGUCCAAAGUACCAAAAGUACUCGGAUAAAAAUUCCGAUACAAGAUGAUUCAUGAUUAACGUUUUACGGAGUAAUAGUUAUGGUUAUCGAACAAUAUUAAGUUCAGUUCCGUAGUUUUUUAUGCUACUUGCUUGAGACACAGAAAGACGAAAGAAGAGAAUCCCUAAUUUGUUCUACACAGGGGGUAGGCCAAAUAUUGAAUGUGUUGGAAACGUCCUCUCCUAAAAUGCAAAUGUUUGCAGUCUCAAAGCUGAAAAACUAUAUUAUCUAUUCAUAUGAAGAUUUCAUAGCCGCAUAUGUCUACCAUAUCUACUCGUUUUUAGGUAUCUCUCAUAGAAAUUGCUCCUCUUAAGAGCAAUUUUGGCCUACCAUGUUCACGAGGCGAGUGUAUAUACAGGGAGUUUCAAAAGAGCAAAAGUCGAGCUGUAUUUUUUUUAGCAUUUAUUUAAUUAUUAAUAAUAAUAAUUAUUAUAAACUUAAUUCUAAAAAAUUGACACUAAAGAAAAUGAUUUAGCUUCAUCGCAGGCAUGUAGGCUAAGACGGUAAGACGGUAAGGAGUUUCCUUCGUUUAUAUGAAGUUUUUUUUUUAUGAUGAAUCUCCAGACGAGCGUUGGUGCAUGUUUUUGAAAUCACCCUGUUUAAGCGUGUUUAUUUCGCUACCGAAAACAAUUCCACCUGCGACGGGGUCGACGACAGUCUUUCACGCAAAACCAGUUCCGUAAAAAUAAAACGGUUCUGCUUCUGCGAUGGCCGGUCGUCGUCGCCGCCGCCGCCGUCGUCACUCGCGAUCCGAACCCCGCGAAAAUGCGUCUCCUGGUGCUCCUCGUGGCCUUCGCAGCCAUCUCCCACGGGAGUAACGUCGAAAUAUCGACGAAGAAGUCGCCUCUCGAGUACCAACCGCAACGCCCGUCGUAUUUUGGACAGGGCGGCGGCCUAGGGCAGCUCGGUCAAAUCGUCCCACAAGGUGAACCGUGGCCUGCCAACCACCAGGACUACACGUCCUCCACGCCAAAGACAUCCACAUCGGAGACCGUGACACAGUUCCCGUCGCAUUUUCAAAUACAUGUCGCCGAGGCGGCGGCGUCUAAACCGCCCCCGGUAAACCAAAACGCACCACCAUCAACUACCAUCACCCCCACCACCACCGCCCGCGUCACCACGUCUAAGCAGCCCACGAGACCUGGUGGAGGAGGGUUCUGGUCACAUUUGUUUCCAGCCGAAAAUAAACCGACCAGUCCCGCUCCCCAGUCAGACGAGGGUGGCGGUUCGACCGCUUGGUCGCCGCCUUGGAAGCCUUGGUUCGAUUUGCUAGCCGGAUUUUUGCCGCAUGCGAAUCGCCUGGCGUCGAACGGUACCGUGUGCGUGUGGGAAACUCUGGAUGCUGAAGAUGACGGCGAUCUAGAUUUGGACCGAAACUUGCUGCCGUGCGGCAACGGAAGCAGCUUGAUAUUUGUCGGGGACCAAUUGGAGUCCUUGGGCGGCCUUUGGCCUUCUGGUGAGCAAAACUUAAACAGCACCAAGCUUGAUUUAAAAGAUAGAAAUGACGAGGCAGUGACGGAGUCUUCUCUGGAGACAGUUUCUCAUAAACUUAGUUCUUUAAGACCAACUGGCGAAGGAUUUUUGGGACAGUUGGAGCCAUCGGGCAGCCCUUGGCAUGCUUCUGCUAAUAAAAAUUCAUCUCUUAGCGGUUCCAAGCCCCAUUUGGAAGGUAGAAAUAACAUAACGUCGACAAAGUCUCCCCUGGAAUACGUUUCUCAUAAGCCUAGUUUUUUGGGACCCACCGGCGGGGGAUUUUUGGGACAGUUGGUGCCUUCGGGCAGUCCUUGGCCUGCUUCUGCCGACAAAAAUUCGUCCCUAAAUGAUUACAAACCCAAUUUGGAAGAUAGAAAUGAUGAGACAUCAACGAAGUCUCCUCUGGAAUACGUUCCUCAUAAGCCUAGUUUUUUGGGACCCACCGGCGGAGGAUUUUUGGGACAGUUGGUGCCUUCUGGCAGUCCUUGGCCUGCUUCUGUAGACAAAAAUUCGUCCCUAAAUGGUUCCAAACCCAAUUUGGAAGAUAGAAAUGAUGAGACAUCAACGAAGUCUCCUCUGGAAUACGUUCCUCAUAAGCCUAGUUUUUUGGGACCCACCGGCGGGGGAUUUUUGGGACAGUUGGUGCCCUCGGGCAGUCCUUGGCCUGCUUCUGCAGACAAAAAUUCGUCCCUAAAUGGUUCCAAACCCAAUUUGGAAGAUAGAAAUGAUGAGACAUCAACGAAAUCUCCUCUGGAAUACGUUCCUCAUAAGCCUAGUUUUUUGGGACCCACCGGCGGAGGAUUUUUGGGACAGUUGGUGCCUUCGGGCAGUCCUUGGCCUGCUUCUGCAGACAAAAAUUCGUCCCUAAAUGGUUCCAAACCCAAUUUGGAAGAUAGAAAUGAUGAGACAUCAACGAAGUCUCCUCUGGAAUACGUUCCUCAUAAGCCUAGUUUUUUGGGACCCACCGGCGGAGGAUUUUUGGGACAGUUGGUGCCUUCUGGCAGUCCUUGGCCUGCUUCUGUAGACAAAAAUUCGUCCCUAAAUGGUUCCAAACCCAAUUUGGAAGAUAGAAAUGAUGAGACAUCAACGAAGUCUCCUCUGGAAUACGUUCCUCAUAAGCCUAGUUUUUUGGGACCCACCGGCGGGGGAUUUUUGGGACAGUUGGUGCCCUCGGGCAGUCCUUGGCCUGCUUCUGCAGACAAAAAUUCGUCCCUAAAUGGUUCCAAACCCAAUUUGGAAGAUAGAAAUGAUGAGACAUCAACGAAAUCUCCUCUGGAAUACGUUCCUCAUAAGCCUAGUUUUUUGGGACCCACCGGCGGAGGAUUUUUGGGACAGUUGGUGCCUUCGGGCAGUCCUUGGCCUGCUUCUGCAGACAAAAAUUCGUCCCUAAAUGGUUCCAAACCCAAUUUGGAAGAUAUAAAUGAUGAGACAUCAACGAAGUCUCCUCUGGAAUACGUUCCUCAUAAGCCUAGUUUUUUGGGACCCACCGGCGGGGGAUUUUUGGGACAGUUGGUGCCCUCGGGCAGUCCUUGGCCUGCUUCUGCAGACAAAAAUUCGUCCCUAAAUGGUUCCAAACCCAAUUUGGAAGAUAGAAAUGAUGAGACAUCAACGAAAUCUCCUCUGGAAUACGUUCCUCAUAAGCCUAGUUUUUUGGGACCCACCGGCGGAGGAUUUUUAGGACAGUUGGUGCCUUCGGGCAGUCCUUGGCCUGCUUCUGCAGACAAAAAUUCGUCCCUAAAUGGUUCCAAACCCAAUUUGGAAGAUAUAAAUGAUGAGACAUCAACGAAGUCUCCUCUGGAAUACGUUCCUCAUAAGCCUAGUUUUUUGGGACCCACCGGCGGGGGAUUUUUGGGACAGUUGGUGCCCUCGGGCAGUCCUUGGCCUGCUUCUGCAAACAAAAAUUCGUCCCUAAAUGGUUCCAAACCCAAUUUGGAAGAUAGAAAUGAUGAGACAUCAACGAAGUCUCCUCUGGAAUACGUUCCUCAUAAGCCUAGUUUUUUGGGACCCACCGGCGGGGGAUUUUUGGGACAGUUAAUAAACUACGUGAGAUCGACGAAGUGUCCUCUGGACACUGUUCCUCAAAAUCUAGUUUAUUUGGAUCCACCUAUAGGGAGUUUAAAGGAAGCCCAUAGCCGUCUAGUGAACAUAAGUCGUAUCUCAUAA